AUGCCACCCAAAAAGGCAGUCAAGGAGGAGAAGGUCUUGCUAGGCCGCCCUGGCAACAGUCUGAAGAGUGGGAUCGUCGGACUCGCCAACGUAGGCAAAUCGACCUUCUUCCAGGCUCUGACUAAAUGCUCGCUCGGGAAUCCUGCCAAUUUCCCCUAUGCUACCAUCGAUCCCGAAGAAGCACGUGUUAUUGUGCCGGAUGAGAGGUUCGAUUGGCUGGUCAAUUACUACAAGCCCAAGUCUAUCGUGCCGGCCAAUCUGACCGUCUACGAUAUCGCUGGUCUGACCCGUGGCGCUUCCACCGGAGCUGGACUGGGAAAUGCUUUCUUGUCCCAUAUCCGUGCCGUCGAUGCUGUCUUCCAGGUCGUGAGAUGUUUCGACGAUGCCGAGAUCAUUCACGUCGAGGGUGAUGUCGAUCCGGUGCGCGAUUUGGAGAUUAUCGCUGAAGAGUUGAGGAUCAAGGAUAUCGAAUUCACGGAGAAGGCACUUGAGAAUCUGGUCAAGCUGACCAGGAGGGGUGGUCAGAGUCUGGAGAUGAAGAAGCUGAAGGAGGAGCAGGCGACAGUGGAGAAGGUGUUGGAGUUGUUGAAGAGUGGCAAAGAUGUGAGGCAUGAGAAUUGGUCGCCGAAAGAAGUCGAAACAAUCAACCCUCUUUUCCUGCUCUCCGCCAAGCCAGUCGUCUACCUCGUGAAUCUGAGCGAGAAGGACUAUAUCCGACAAAAGAACAAGCACCUGCCCAAAAUCGCCGAAUGGAUCAAGACUCACGCACCCGGUGACCCCAUCAUCCCGAUCUCCGUCUCCCUCCUCGAACGCCUCACACGCUUCGAGUCCGACGCAGCCGUAGCAGAAGAGCUAGAAAAGAUCGGGACCAAAGACGUCCUACCUAAAAUCAUCACCACAAUGCGGAAAGCGCUCAACCUAGGUUCCUUCUUCACGACCGGCACGGACGAGGUCAGACAAUGGACCAUUCGGAACGGGACCAAGGCGCCGCAAGCAGCGGGUGUGAUUCAUGGGGAUUUCGAGAAGACGUUCAUUCAGGCUGUUGUGUAUAAUUUUGGCGUGCUGAAGGAGGUUGGGGACGAGGCGGGCGUCAAGGCGCAGGGGAAGGUGAUGACGAAGGGGAAGGAUUAUGUGGUUGAGGAUGGGGAUGUGUUGCUUAUCAAGGCAGGAGCUGCUAAGGGUUGA